AUGCCUUGGGGCUUCUCCACCCAGCCCCCUCAGCGUCUUUUCCCUCUCCUUCCCCUCUUUGCUUUAGCUGAUUGCUGCGUAAUUUCAUUCGGCCUUUCAUACUGCCGUCAGCAUUUUGGAACCGUAACGAGACCAGGGUCCCCUGAGGCUGACAGGGAAACAGACGGUGGAAACAAGGCGCAGCUGCCUCCAACUUCAUUCACUCCGGCCCGCCAGGUCCUACACCGUAUCUUAUUUAUUGGCUCCCAGCAACCUUCACUUUUGUCCUUCGUCCUCCUGGUCACAAAGUUCACAUUAUUUGCCUUAGCUUGCUUUACUGUGCUCUUCAUGGCACUAGACAUCCCUAAAGAUACUCCCGACUGCGGAGAAGGGAUUUUAAUCACAUCAAUCUUUCUUAUUAUUCUUAUUAUAAUAUUUACAGUGCUUCGGGUUGUCAGUAAGUUUGUUACUCAUCAAGACUGGUGGUGGGAUGACUUCUUCGCUCUCCUUGCAUUACCGUUCGAGUUAAUCGUCCUCUCCCUCGUGGUGGCGUGGAGACAAAUCGGCCUCGGUUAUCAUAUGGAGGUAGUGGCCGCAAUAAACCCAGAAUAUCUUCUUACCGGCGCCCGUUAUCUCUACGUGGCAAUUUUUUUCUUCGACGGCUCAGUCUGUUUGCCAAAGAUUUCGGCCUUGUUCUUCUAUGCCCGCAUAUUUCGAACAAAUAACCGCACCUUCCGCAUACAUCUCUGGAUCGUGGGUGGACUUACAUCUACAUGGCUCUUGGCAGCCUGGAUCUCUACCGGUCUUGAAUGUCAGCCCAUUGCAAAGGCCUGGAAUACUGUAUUACCAGGAACAUGCAUUGCCCAGUUUCAAUGGUAUUUAUCAACGGCCGCUCUCUCGUGUAUGAUUGACUUCUACAUCUUGUUCCUCCCGAUUCCCAUGAUUUGGGGUCUGCAAGCCAGUCUGAAGCGCCGUGUAUAUCUCCUGAUUGCCUUCAUGAUGGCUUACUCAGUCGUGGUGUUAUCCCUUGGCCGCCUCGUUGCUGUCAUCCAAUUCAUUCCUAUCAUGAAUCAGGACCUCACUUGGCACUUUGUUAAAUAUGGCUACUGGUCUAUUCUCGAGGGAUCGAUCUCUAUCAUCUCCAUCAGUGUUCCUAGUUGCCUUGCCUUAGCGAAGGCUCUACGGAAUACUUCAGAUCCAAAGAUUUAUUUGGAUAGUAAUAAAGCUAGUACAAACUCUCCUAGCUAUAUUAGCUCCCAUUUCGGUGAGCAAAAGGAUACUGUCUCCUGGCAGAAUGGGCACUCGGGUUGCGGCAGUGUCGACAAGCUCGUUUCAGAUAUCCAUGUCAGCCCGGGUGAGUAUGGGCAUCACCGGAACUUGGAUAUCCCACUUGGCGCGGUCCGCAUUGAAACCGAUAUCGAGCCUUCAGCAGGUCUUCAGCUUAGCGGGGGUCGUUUCGAUAGGAAUGAUAUGGGAAUAAGCCAGUAUCUUCUUAACUUAUUGACAACAUGCUCUCAGAUUUUACCCGGUUACUAUGAGGAAGUAAGUGCAGGCAGGUAG